CACGUGGGCAUGGUCUCGGACUGUCGGUCUCGCUCAGCCGUAAUUACGUCACAGUAGCUGCGUAAAGAUGUCUCCCUCAACGUACAGCUCCAUCUACUGGCUAAUACUGCACUGCGUGAUCGCUCUAGCGCAAUCAGGAGACGCUAACGCAGAAAAAUCCAACUCGACGCCGUAUCCUUCGUCAUCGACGGACGCCAUUUUGUGCUGGGAAUGCCGGGAUUCGUUUAGGAAGGCCUACAACGCUGCCAGCGCGUGCUUGCAGAAGCCAGUACUGUUCAAUAGCACUCACUACGUGCAAUGUCAAGAGUCCUACCGAUUUUGCCAGGUGGAGCGGGUGGAGGUCAACGGGGUCAUUGUCAACAUCCGGCGCGGCUGCGCAGACGAGUGCGUCGUUGGGUGUCGCACGAGCGGCUACGGCAUCACGACGCAUCGCUGUCUAUCCUGCUGCAACACGAGCCUCUGUAACGUCGGUAAUGCCGCCGUCGGCCGCAGCGCGGCGCCACGCAUCGCCGCUCCUCCUGUCGUUGGCGCGCUGAUUGUUCCAAUGUUGGCCGCCGGCGUGAUGACGUGUUCGAUGAGUGGCCACUCUCAGCCGUUAGAUUUUAUCAUGGCGGUGCUCGCAGUCGUUGCCAAGGUUACGAAACAUGUCACAGUGACAUUGUGA